UCGCCCCUCUUUUUUUCCUCUUCUUCGCGGCGGUGGGUCGGAGCCGCUGUGUCCCCGGUCUGGCACGUUCCUAGCCAAAUUCUCCACGGUGUAAAUUGGACCCCCCUUUUUCCACAUAACCAAAAAAGCAUCCCCUCCUGCAGUCCCCGCAACCGCUCACACGUUCGCGCGUAACACACACCUCUAAAUCUCCAGCAGAUACCUCAGAAGAUGGCGGUGGUAAGCGGGACGUCAGGGUCGGCGGUAGCCCGGCUGGAGGGCCGAGAAUUCGAGUAUCUUAUGAAGAAAAGGUCGGUAACCAUCGGCCGGAACUCCUCGCAGGGCUCCGUGGACGUUAGCAUGGGACACUCCAGCUUCAUAUCAAGGCGGCACCUCGAAAUAUUCACCGCAGGGGAGGACGGCACGGGCACAGGGGAGUUCUACCUCCGAUGCCUCGGAAAAAACGGGGUGUUUGUUGAUGGGGUGUUUCAGAGAAGAGGGGCUCCACCUCUCCAGCUCCCACGAAUGUGUUGUUUCCGGUUCCCCAGCACAAGCAUAAAGAUCACGUUCACAGCCCUGUCCAACGACAAGAAGGAGCCAAGGAACGUGCCGGAAUCACCGGUCAAGCCCGUCCAACCCCAAAUUUCCCCGCUGACCAUAAACAUUCCUGACAACAUCGCCCACCUCAUGAGCCCACUGCCUUCACCCACUGGCACCAUCAGUGCUGCAAACUCCUGUCCAUCAAGUCCACGGGGGGCAGGUCUCUCUAGCUAUAGGACAGGUCGUGUUCUGGCCUCUGAUCUUAUAGGAGACAACUCCCAGUCGGAAAACGACAAGGAGGCCUCAGGUGAAGACAGCCCAAAGGAUGACUCCAAACCUCCAUAUUCAUAUGCACAACUUAUAGUUCAAGCGAUCACCAUGGCUCCAGACAAACAGCUUACACUGAAUGGAAUAUACACUCACAUCACCAAAAACUAUCCCUACUACAGGACCGCAGAUAAGGGCUGGCAGAACUCAAUCCGUCACAACCUGUCCCUGAAUCGGUAUUUCAUCAAAGUGGCCCGCUCUCAGGAGGAGCCAGGUAAAGGGUCCUUCUGGCGGAUCGACCCGUCAUCUGAAGGCAAGCUGAUAGAGCAAGCCUUCAGGAAGCGCAGGCCCAGGGGGGUGCCUUGCUUCAGGACCCCUGUAGGACCUCUAUCCUCCAGAAGUGCUCCAGCUUCUCCCAACCACACAGGGGCACUCUCAGCCCACUCGAGUGGGGUCCAGACACCAGAUAGCCUGUCCAGAGAAGGGUCCCCAGUUCCCAUGGAGCCAGAGCCACCCCCCCCACCGCCCCCCACUCAAACCACUACAGCCCAGCCUAAACUUGCUGUCAUCCAAGAGGCUCGCUUCGCGCAGAACUCCCCUGGCUCUCCACUAAACAGUCAGCCAGUCCUGAUUGCCGUUCAGCGCCAGAUGCCUCAAACGACCAUGAAGCCUGUGACCUACGCCAUGGCCACUCCAGCCAUUGUAACAACGUCAGUUAGCUCCGCCCCCGUCAUGCAGACUGUGCACGUUGUCCACCAGAUUCCAACAGUCACCAUGUCAACUGUCGGUGCUCAGUCUGCUGCUACAGUGAGCAAAGAACCUCAGGAGAAUGGAGGUGGGAUGCACCAAGAAGUCAAAGUGAAAGUGGAGCCUGUGCCAUCCAUCACAUCCUCAUCUAUAGGUGGAGUCAGUCGUAUUAUCCAGAGCUCGCAGUCUGCUCCAAUGACCACAGUUACAAUUGUGCAGCAAGCUCCUCUUGGUCAGCACCAGCUCCCAAUAAAAGCCAUCACACAGAAUGGGACUCAUCUAGUCCCCAUCAGUACUGCUGCUAAUGCAGCUAACCCUCUGCACCUCCUGGCGACCCACGCCUCAGCCUCGGCGUCCCUCCCCACCAAGAGGCAGAACGGAGAGCUGCAAGACCAACCGGAAACAAAGAGAGUGAAAACCGAAGAGGAAGAUGAGGGUGAAGCAGCAGCAGCAGCAGUAGUAGCAGCCUCCAAUGACAAGUGCGCCACGGACAGAGCUGGAGAAGGAGGAGUCAGUGAACAGGUCGGCAAUAAGUAGCCUCCCCCGACCUGAUCUUAAUCCUGACCCCCCCCUCACUCUCCAGUACACAUUGAGCCUCCACACUCUCACCUUUCUCCAUCCCACCUGGUUAUCAUCUUAUUUCAAGGGUGCCAAAAAGAGAAGAGAUGUGGAAACACAAAAGGAACUACAGAAUGUGCAAAAACCUCCUCUCUGACCCCCCGUAACCCUCUUCCUCCUUUUCUUUAUGACCACGAAAUAUGAUGCAAAAACUAGAGACCAAAUUGAAAAUGGAACUAAAAGAGUUGCUGAUGACUGUAAAACCCUAACGUUUGAGACCCAGAUGGCACGAAGCACAGCAAGAAAGAAAAACCCACACGGAAAGAAAAAAAAAACUAGACUCAUUAGACAAACAAGUCUUGAAGUUCCCCAAAGACAGAAAGGAGCGUCCUCCUGGUAGCAUUACAGACAAGCGCUUAACUGUGUCGGCUAGAAUAAAGCAACCACGUGAAAUCACCAGUAGUGUAUUCCACAACGGAAAGUUGUGUACGUACGUGUGGACAUUCCCAUGUUCGGCAGCUAGCCUCCAUGUCAACCUACCUAACCCAGUUGUGAGUAGAUAUGCAGUAUUCCGUCGUACAAGUGUAUCUGUGUAUCUUCUUUGAGUGUUUCUCUGUUUCCCAAGGCACAGAUACUAUCUAGUAAUAAUUAAGAAAAUUACAAGCUGAGUCAGCUCUUCAAAAACAUUUAAGCAUCACAACGUCACGUUGGGUCUUUUGUUUGUUUUUUUUACGUGGACUCUGUUCAGUAAAAUGAAUGUAAGUCUUUUUUUUUUUUUCUUCCAUUUGAAAGAACACUAUGGAGUGGAUGUUUCUCUCUUUCUCAUUCACACAAAUGAAAUUUCUUUAUCACUGUACAUCAACAGAUUUUUUCAUAUUUUGCAGAUAAACUAUGAGAUAAAAAGUAUAUUCCCAUGCGUAUUUGACCAUAAUGCUUCACAUCGAGCUUGCAUGUUACGGAUUUAGAGAAAAUGUACUUGAGCAGAUUUAUCUGAAUAUGGAACUGAAGAAAAUUUAGACUGAAUCUACGCUAUAUGAUUCUGACCAGUGCUGCACUUAACCCUAUUAGUUCUUUUUAAAAGAUUUUUUUUGCUUUUUUGUAUUUUUUUAUGUGCUCAGUUUUUUUUCCUUGUCAUCAUUGGCUGUUUGUUACUUUGUGUUGAAUUUGGCAGUCUCUUCGCUUGAUUACUUUAUUCUGUUCAGGCUAAAAAAGAAAGUCUAUUCAGAUUGUAUACUAUGUUAAACGAGGAAAAUCAAGUGAUCAGUGUUUGUUCUGCUUCAGUGGGAAAAUGCUUUUUUUUUAUAAAUUUAAUUUAAAACUCUUAA